AUGGAUCCAGACAUAGAAGAAGCUGAAGAAGACGUGUUUUUAAACACAGAAGACCCCAACCCUCUGACUGCAGAUGAGGAAGGGGAGGAUGGGGAGGAGGAAGAGGAGGAUGAGGAGGAAGAUGCUAGGAUCUUCAAUGCCUGGAUGCAGCGGUACAGAGGCGGGGGACAGCAGGAGAAAAGCGAGGAGGUGGAGGGCGGGGGGGAGCAGUCGCAGAGGGGAAGAGGGGAAAACAGAAGGAGCAUGGAGCCACCGGUCCAAUCGAGGGUCGACCGCCGGGCGUCGCUGCCGUGUCCGGCUACUCUCUCGGCCAUGCAGCUGUCUCGUCUCCACUCGUCCACUCGGGCUCCGGUGACGGCGAGGUUUCUGCUGCGUCGCUCCUCCUCCCGCCGCCUCCUGCCGUCACCGCAGGAAGCCUCUGCCCUGACCUCCGAGCGAAGGCCCUCCCUCAUACCCACAAUCCCAGAGGCCAUAGCGCCGGAGAGGCGGGCCAUGUUCAGGAGACGCAACGUCAUGUCGUUGAACGAUGCAGACAGUGUGUGUCUGAUCUGUCACAACGACUUGAAUCAAGGAACCGGCGGCACCAGAGAACUGCAGUGCACACACACCUUCCACAAGGAGUGCAUAGAGGAGUGGUUGUGGGGGAAACAGUCCUGUCCUACCUGUCACGUUCAGGUGUCCACACCCGUCAACUGGUGCUCCGCAAGGGUCCAGGUCCCCUAA